UUUAAAAGAAGUUUGUAAAAACAACUCGGUUUGUGAUUGGUUAAAAAAAGAGAAAAGCCUGAGGAAGGGACGCGCAAAGCAUUGUGGGAAGGAGGCGAAUUCUUCGUGUUGACUCCUCCAGGCCACACAAAGCACUAGAGUGCCGAAUAAAUUCACCAAUUUCCAUUGAAUUAAUCACAAGAACUGGAUAAAAAAAUAGAUAAAAUAAAAGUUUUUGGUUUGGAAGUUUUUUUUUCAACCCAGGCGCGCGAUGCCGAAUUUCUGCGCGGCGCUGCACUGUUCCCGGAUGAGCUCCCACUCCGUGCUGGCUUUCUUCAGGUUUCCGCGGGAUCCGGAGAGGUGUAAGAAGUGGGUGGAAAAUUGCAGUCGGUCAGAUCUGAGAGAUAAAACGCCAGAACACCUGAACAAGUACCACAGACUGUGUGCCAGACACUUUGAGCCCGAUCUGAUCUUAAAAACCAGUCCGUUCAGGACGGUUCUGAAGGACACGGCGAUCCCCACCAUCUUCGACCAUCCCAACUGCAAACGGACAAACGAACAGGAAGAAGAGAACACGCCGCAGGCUAAAGUGCAGAGAGUGGAGGAGAAUCAGGACAAGGAUGAGGAGAAUGCGACAGAGAGCGCAAACGGCCGAGAGGCUCCGGAAGAACCCCGGGUCUUGGACAAGGACCGGGAUCAGCGCGAGUAUCUCCGGUCCCUGUUUGACGUCGUGGUGAUGAUGGGACGGCAGAACAUCCCCCUGCAGGGCCACUCCGAUAAAGAGCCGAGGAGCAAAGCGUUCACUCCGAGCAACUUCCAGGCGCUGCUGGAGUUCCGCAUCAACGCCGGCGACGAGGCGCUCCGGAGGAGGUUCGAGACGUCGCCCGCCAGUCUGGAGUUCUGCUCGUCCACGCAGCUGAGCCAAAUCCUGGAGGUGGGCGAGAAGUGCGUUUGCGAGGAGCUGCUCUCCGAGGUGAAGGAGGCACGCUUUUUCUCUCUGGUCAUGGAGAACGUCGUGGAGAUCGCCGGGGAGAACAGAAUCCCAACGUUCGUCCGCUUCGUGGAUCAGAACAACUGUCUGCGCGAGGAGUUCUUAGGAUUCCUGCUCUUCGAAGGAGACGUGGAAAGCAUCGUCGAAAACCUCUGCGCCGAAAUAUCCGAGAAGAACGGGCUGAGCAUGGAGGACUGCAGAGGGCAGGCGUACUUCAGCGCCGGCGUCCACGCGGCCAAAGCGAAAGCCGUCGCCGCGAAACUGAGCGAGCGAUACCCGUUAGCGGUGCUCACCCCCAGCUCCGGCCACGCCCUGAACAUCAGCCUGGCCAACAGCAUGGACUUCACGAGCGUGCACCUCGUCAUGUCGACCCUGAAGAAGAUCGACGCCUUCUUCGGCAGGUCUCCUCUCCUGCUGGAUCAGCUAGAGAGCGCCAUUUCGAUUUAUUACCAGGGGAACGAGGAGAAGGCGAGCGCCCUCAAGCAGGCGUGCCGCACCGACUGGACGCAGCAGCACGACGCCUUCGAGGUGGCCGUCGACCUCCUGGAGUCUCUGCUCCUCUGCGUGGACAGCGUCCACGACAACGAGGAGCUGAAGUGGAGCGACGAGAUCGCACACGAGGCCUUCGUCGUCUCCGAGGCGCUGGCGGACUUCGAGUUCGUGAUGACGCUCGUGGUCUUGAAGAACACGCUCUCGUUUUCCAGGGCGUUCGGGAAGAACCUGCAGGGGCAAACCAGCGAGGUCUUCUUCGCCGCCAACAGCCUGACGGCCGUCCUGCACUCGCUCAACGAGGUCCUCGAGAACAUGGAGGUGUAUCACGAGUUCUGGUUCGAGGAAGCCGUGAACCUCGCCGCCGCCUUGGAGAUCCCCGUCAAAAUCCCCAGGCUCUUCUUUAGGAAGCAGCGUCCCGACGCCGGAGACGACAUCCAACCCGAGACCUACUACAAGAUCCACCUGACGAUCCCGGUGGUCACUCAGGUGAUCAAGGAGCUGAGCGAGUUCUUCUCCGAGAACCACCUCAACGCGCUCCGGUCCCUGUCCUUCGUCCCGGCGAUCAUGUCGCAGCUCAAGUUCAACACGGAGGAGAACAGCGCCGACGUCUACAAGAACGACCUUCCCAACCCGGAGACGCUUCCGACCGAGCUCAACUGCUGGAAGAUCAAGUGGAAGCACGGCACCAAGAACGUCACGCUGCCCUCCACCAUCUACGAGACGCUCCAGCUGUCCGACGUCAAGUUUUUCCCCAACGUGUGCGCGCUCCUCAAGGUCCUCCACUGCCUCCCGGUGCUGUCGCUCACGGAGGAGAAGUGCGGCGAGGCGAGGAGGCGUCUGACGGCGUACCUGCGGGACACGCCCCCCGAGCACAGACACAAGAGCCUGGCGCUGUUCAGCGUUAACUGCGCCGUGAGGGUGGACGUGGACCUGAUGGUGGAGGCGUAUCUCUCGGCGUAUCCGGACAACGAGGCCACGGAGGAACCUGCGUGAUCGACGCGAAUGCGAAUUAGCACUCGGUGUAACGUUGUUGGUUUGGCCAGUGAUUUAGCAGAGUGACAGGUGUUGCUAUGGGAACAAGGGCGGAGUUUAAAUUAUAUUUGAUCAGCCAAUCACAACUCUGAUCUCAUCGCAUCACCACUGGGUUUAAAUGUUUUCUGCUCGACACAACGCUUAGUGACAAUCUUUCUUUCUUUCUUUCUUUCUUUCUUUCUUUCUUUAACGUUUCUUUCUUUCUUUUUUCUUUCCUUCUGUAAUCUAUUUUUCUUUUUCUUUCUUUCUUCUUUACUCUCGUACAUUUCUUUUCCAACUUUUUACUUUCUCUUUCUUUCAUUCAUUCUUUCUUUCUUAAUAAUUUCCUCCUUAAUCAAUUGUUUCUUUUUCUUUCGUACUUCCCUAACAUUUUACUUUUUCUUUCUUUCUUUCAUUCUUUCUUUCUUUCCUAGUAAUUUCUUCUUUAAUCAAAUUUUUUAUUUCUACUUUUUCAUUUCUUCUCUAACUUUCCUUUCUUUCUGUCUUUCUUACUUUUUUCUGUUAACCUUUUUUUCUUUUUUCUUUUUCCUUCUUUUUUCCCUAACAUUUUACUAUGUUUCUUUCUUUCUUUCUUUCCUAGUCAUUUCUUCUUUAAUCAGUCUUUCUUUGUACUUUUUCAUUUCUUCUCUGCGCUCCCUUUCUCUCUGUCUUUCUUUUUUCUCUCUUUCUUCCCUUGUCUUUCUUUCUUUCUGUAAUCUGUUCGGCCGAGCUGACCUCAGCGUUAGUCUCCUGCACCAGCGAUCUGACGUCAGAAGCUUUUAAAAGCUCGUGCUGAGAGCGUGUUUUCUGAUUGGCUGAUCAAACGUAAACGAAGCUCCGCCCACACUGACCCAGGUGACGGCGGUCGCAGUGCUUCUGUACAGACACACACACAUCCUUCUUCCCUCACUCUCUUUACUUCUCCUUAUUUUUUCUUUGUACAUUCAGCUGUGUGUGUGUGUGAGUGAGCGUGUGUGAACAUAUGACGUGAGUGUGUGUGUGUGUGUAAUCAAGGUGCACUGGAAGUAAAUCAGACUCGUGUGUGUGUGAGUGAGUGUAUGGUGUGUGUGUGUAUGGUGUGUAUGGUGUGUAUGGUGUGUAUGGUGUGUGUGAGUGUGUGUGAGUGUGUGUAUGGUGUGUAUGGUGUGUGUGAGUGUGUGUGAGUGUGUGUAUGGUGUGUGUGAGUGUGUGUAUGGUGUGUGUGUGUAUGGUGUGUGUGUGUAUGGUGUGUGAGUGAGUGAGUGUGUGCGUGAGUGAGUGUGUGCGUGAGUGAGUGUGUGCGUGAGUGUGUGUGUGAGUGUGUGAGAGUGUGAGUGUGUAUGGUGUGUGUGUGUGAGAGUGUGUAUUGUGUGUGUGAGUGUGUGAGUGAGUGUGUGUGAGUGUGUGUGAGUGUGUAUGGUGUGUGAGUGUGUAUGGUGUGUGAGUGUGUGAGUGUGUGUGUGUGUGAUAUGGAGCUGCACUGGAAGUGAAUCAGACUCGUGUGUGUUGUGAUGAAGUUGUUUCUGUUCUCAGCAGCUUGUAAAAAAACAUUUCUGCUUUUUUGCUUACUCAAUAAAAAAUAAAUAAAUAAAUAAACAUGAUUAGUAAAUAAAUAUUUUACUUUAAGCAUCACAUUUCGUGCGUGCGUGUGUGCGCGUGUGUGUGCGCGUGUGCGCGCGUGUGUGCGCGCGUGUGUGCGCGCGUGUGUGCGCGUGUGUGUGCGCGUGUGUGUGCGUGUGUGUGUGUGUGUGAUGAAAUAUCAGAGAGUAGAAAGCUGUGUAUAGUGGAAUUCUGUUUAAUAUCUGAAUUUCUUGUUUUUAUUUCUGCUCUAUUUUCAUUCUUUAGAGUUUUUUUUUCUAAAAUCAUUUGAAUUUCUGCCGAGUUUCUGAAACGUUUAGAUUUUUAUCGCCGUCAUUUUGUUCCUCUGUUCUGAUUUUUAUAAAAGUGUUGCAUCACAAACUAAUAAACGAGUCUGUGGACGGUG